GUGACGCGACCAAGAGCAAACGUCGUCCAUUUUGAAGAGCCCUAACUCAGGAAAAAUUUAAACUCGAUGUCAUCCCGGCUACAGUUGCCGUUUUUUCGGAUAUGAUAAAAUCUAAAGGUUUCACAAAAGUGCGAGGACGCAAACGUAAGAUGGAACCUCACUUGGGCGGCGACAACAAAACCGUUAACGAAGAGGGGGUACAGGGUAACGGCAGUCCCCUGCCGGGCGGAGCGGCUAGUGGCGACUCACACGGUGAUGAGCAUCAGUUCCUGGGGCUUGUUUCUAAACGACCGGAGGGAGGCGGUCCACUACAGUUUGAAAUAAUUCAAGAGGAUUGUCCAUUAGAUGAUUCCUGGGCCAGAAAGUAUACAAUUCCUUUGAGCAAAUUGUCGAAAAGCAGACGAUUCAGGACGGGAAAUCAUGCGUUUGAUAAAGUUUUGCCAGAUCUUCCUACGCAUGGCUACAGGCCACUACAAAUCCUCGGGCGGAGUCGGAGAGGGGUGAUCUUCUUGUGCCAGAACAUGAAGGCAACGUCAGAAGAGAGUAAAGAAUGCAUUCCAGUUGUUUUGAAGCUGAUCAGUCGUAAAGGAAAAGGUAGACCUCCCAAGGAAGCCAUAGACAAAGCAAAGAUCCCAACUGAUGCCAUCCUGGAAGAAGCAGCGAUACAUUCAAACAUCGAACAUUCUAACAUCGUCUCCAUGUUGGAUUCUUUCUCAAUCCGGAACUGCUCCGGUUUGAUUUUAGAAUUUUGCGAAAACGGCCACUUAGAUCAGCUUCUUAGGGCACAGGAUGCCAGGCUGGUCACCGAGCCCGUGGCGCGAAAGUAUUUCCAUCAAAUGCACAGUGCCAUCGACUAUCUCCAUUGCCAGACCAUUACCCACUUGGACAUUUGCAUGAGGAACAUUCUCGUUGGGCCAGACGGCAUCUUAAAACUGGCGGAUUUUGGGCAUUCCAAACGUUUCACCACGGGCGACCCUCUGUUCACGGAAAUCGCUGGAUCUGUCGGUUACCAAGCUCCGGAAAUGUUACAGCCCCUUCCUUACAAUCCCAGAUUAGCGGACAUCUGGUCUCUUGGCGUCGUACUGUAUGCAAUGACAGUCGGGAAACUACCUUUUGGCUGCAACAAAAAUGACUAUUUAAGGCAAAACGGAGAAGGGUCUGGAGUUCCCUCACCCUGGGGUGCUCUUACUUACACCAACACUUCGGGAGUUGCUUCGCGGAAUCCUGUCUUACCUGCCCGAAGCUCGACACAGCUUAAAUCGCGUCCGAAACAGUGAUUGGUACCAAACUCCAAACAACAAAGUCCAGAUAGGAAAUUUCUACCUUGUCAGACAACCACGUAAAGUCAAAGAGAGCCAAAAAGAGUUGAAAUUGAAAAAGGACUACGGGAUUUAAGCUUGUGGAUAUAAAAU